GGGCGGUCACGUGCUGCGGCGAGCUCCGUCCAAAAGAAAAUGGGGUUUGGUGUAAAUCUGGGGGUGUAAUGUUAUCAUAUAUCACGCUACCUCGUAAAACCGACACUGAAAGCUGCCGGACAACAAAUCACAGGUCAAAAUUAUGAGUUCUUCGUAUUAUGUGAACGCGCUUUUUAGCAAAUAUACGGCGGGGGCUUCUCUGUUCCAAAAUGCCGAGCCGACUUCUUGCUCCUUUGCGCCCAACUCGCAGAGAAGCGGCUACGGGGCGGGCGCCGGCGCCUUCGCCUCCACCGUGCCGGGCUUGUACAAUGUCAACAGCCCCCUCUAUCAGAGCCCCUUCGCGUCGGGCUACGGCCUGGGCGCCGACGCCUACGGCAACCUGCCCUGCGCCUCCUACGACCAAAACAUCCCCGGGCUCUGCAGUGACCUCGCCAAAGGCGCCUGCGACAAGGCGGACGAGGGCGCGCUGCACGGCCCGGCCGAGGCCAGUUUCCGCAUCUACCCCUGGAUGCGGUCUUCAGCCUCGAUUUUCCUUCUCAAAAGCAGAGGGAGCCAAACCCUCUGGGUCCCCUCACCCACCCCUGUGCCAGGGGCCAUUGAAGACGGACCAGACAGGAAGCGAGGCCGCCAGACCUACACGCGCUACCAGACCCUGGAGCUGGAGAAGGAGUUCCACUUCAACCGCUACCUGACGCGGCGGCGCCGCAUCGAGAUCGCCCACGCGCUCUGCCUCACCGAGCGCCAGAUCAAGAUCUGGUUCCAGAACCGCCGCAUGAAGUGGAAGAAAGAGCAUAAGGAAGAGGGUUCCACCCCUGCUGCAGCCCCCGAGGGCGCGGUGCCCUCUGCUGCUGCUGCUGCUUCAGCCAAGGCCGAUGAGGAAGAUGAGGAAGAGGAGGAGGAGGAGGAGGAAGAGGAGGAAUGAAGGGCCAAGCUAGGGCCCUGGCUGCAUCGGACAGUCGGAAAAGCGUCUUUAAGACUCACUGAUUUUAUUUACAAAAAUGGGGGAAAAUAAAAGAAAAAUUUAAAAGAUAAAGAAAAACACCCCAACUCCCAACAGCACCCACCCCAUCACCCGAUGUAGCUCCCAAAUUUCUGGACUGAGAGGCUAUGAAGACAAGGUCACCUUGGGGUCCCCUUUCCCUCAGAAUUCCAAUAGAUACCCCUAGCCCCAGGCCAGCGCUCUGCCUUGGCAUGGCCAAAAUACUACCUAGCACAGGCCUCCUUGAGAGGCACCCCCAAACUACCUAUGGGCCCAGCUGCAGUGGGCCUCCACUUCCAGGAAGCCUCCUAGUGUCCCAACACUGGCAGACACCCAGCACCACACUCCAUACCCACAGGAACACAAUUCUUUCAGUACUACCUAUUAGCCCCAAACUACCUAUUUGUGCUGGCUGGCUUGCUUGCUACUUGUUGUCACCAGCCCCCGCCCGCAGACGGGCCCCUGUUGCUUCCAGCCACAGCCUUUGGGGUCCCCAAGGCAUCACGGAGAAGGCACUGGGGUCCAGGGAUCAGGGCAUUGGCUUCUAUUUAAAUUGAAAAAUAAUAUAUUUAUUCCAAAGCAUACUAAGUGCUGCAACCUAGAAUCCCUCUUUCUCUGGCUUGGACACCCCAAGAUCAGGCCCAUCACCCCCUACUUCUGGAGGGGAGUAUUCCUGAGCGGGCUGCAAACCUCUGGGUUAGCUUCUGCUUUGUAGGACUGUGGAGACGCUCCAGCAUCAUUGUCUUCUCCUCUGGCUCCUGUGUCCUACUGUUCAGCCAUGUCAACUAUGUACACCCUGACUUUUCCUAAGAUGGCAAAUAUUGUAUAUUUGAAUGAGAUUUUUUGGUCAUUUCUAUAGUCUUGGAGCUCAUUUGUAAAGAAAUGUCUUGACUUGGGGAGGAUAUGUUAAGGGGGUGACUUUAUAGCAUGGUGUGUUGUCUUGAACUAACUCUGUAGUGGGUGGGGAGGUCCAAUGCCCUCCCCAACGCCCUUCAUCUCCUGUGUUGUCCUACGUCCCCCUACGCUCCAGCCUGGUGUUCAGGGAAGGAACUGUUCCUAGCCCAGCCAACCAUGUUUUAUGUAAUAAAAAUAAAGAUGCUUGGUCACAAAGAAA